GCAAGGGAGAAGAUAGUGAUGUCCUCAGCAUAAAUGCAGAUGCAUAUGAUAGUGACAUAGAAGGCCCAUGCAAUGAAGAAGAUGGCCCAGAUGUGCAAGAAAACACUGUCAGAAGUGGAGCUGGUCAGAUAGAUGACCUUCAGAAGGACAUUGAGAAAAGCGUGAAUGAGAUUCUGGGGUUGGCAGAGUCGAGCCCAAAGGACCCCAAAGCAGCAACCUUAGCCGUUCCUCCGUCAGAAGAUGUUCAGCCAUCAGCACAGCAGCUGGAGCUUCUGGAGCUCGAGAUGAGGGCCAGAGCUAUUAAGGCUCUGAUGAAAGCUGGUGAUGUAAAAAAACAGCCCUGAGAUUGUUUAGAUUUAAUUUUCAGUAU